AUGCGCUCGCAGACAUCAUCACAGGUUGAAGCGAACGUCCUCGUCCGCCAGGAGGGUUUGUUUUAUUUAUCUCUGCCCUCGUUUUUUUCUUUUUUCUUUCCUCCUCCUCCUCCUCCUCCUCCGCCGCCGCUCUCUGCCGCCGCGGUGACAAACAAACAGCACGGAGGGAGCAGAAGCCGUAAGAUGAAGAAACGCUAUGUGGACGCGAACAGGCUCCGGAAAAUGAAGAAGCUGAAAAUCACGGAGAAGCUGUCUGAGAGCGCCUACACCUUCCUGAAGUUUAUGGUGAUGUGGACGCUGGUGCUGCUGGCGGAUUUCAUCCUUGAAUUCAGACUGGAGUAUUUGUGGCCAUGCUGGCUCUUCUUUGGGAGCGUGUACACCACUUUCCACUGCCACGGGCUGGUUAUUUGUGUUGUUUUUGUUUGCGCUGCCUUCACGCUGGACAUCUUUUGUUUAAUUUUUGUUCCUUUGCACUGGCUGUUCUUUGUGGCGAGCACCUAUGUAUUAUUCAAUUACAUAUGGCACACAGAAAAAGGCAUCUGUAUAUCGACGGUGUCCUUGUGGAUUCUGCUGGUUUACACCGAGGCUUCGCUUCGGCUCAAAGACCUUAAAACCUCUCAUGCCAACCUGUCUCAUCUUUUUGCUGCACACUGUAUCGGAUAUCCUGUAGUUUAUCUGGGGUUCGAUGCCACCUGCUACUUCACCAACAUCUUCAAGCUGCGCAUACAGAAAGCUGUGCAGAGUGAGAACGACUUCCACAUGCACCUCCUUCAGCACUCGCUGCCUCCAGGCCUGCAGGUUUACCCCAAGACUGCCACAGAUGGCGGUUCAAAAUGGAAGGUCAAGCCUGAGUCGAGUCAGUACCAGUGUCAGAACGACGCUGUGGUGGCCCACGAUGAGGCCCACACUGUGGACUGCCUCCAGAUCCGCAGUGAGGAGAGAUCAGCAGAGAAAGGCUCGCAGGAGGUGAGGUCAGCUGAAUCGAACCGUCGACCGACAUCGUCAUCCAAGCCCGGUGUGGCCGAGUCCAAAGACCUGCUCCACAGCGGGGCGGGAGGACCGGAACCAUCCUCAAACCCGGAAAACCUACCUCAAGAGGAGCACGGAAGCAAAGCCACACGGGCGGCUAAGAGCUCCUCGCCGAAAGCCCGCAGAGGCAGCACGAACACUCCUUCACCACCUGCAGGAAGGACGGAGAAGAAACAGAGAUCCAGCUCAAAAACAAUCAGCCCCAACAGGGACGUGGCAGAUAAGAGCACCACAGCGGCUCAGAGCUACCACGCUGAACAGAUGAACAAGCUGGAUCAGGAGCUGAGGAGGCUGAAGGGCGAGCUGCAGACGAGUAGGCAGAGCGAACAGGAGCUGCGAAGUCACAUCUGCAACCUUACCAACAGUGAGAGGAGCCUGAGACCAGAAGUUUCUCUGCUCAGACAGUCCAACAUGCUGCUCCAGAGCAAGAUUCUGUGCUUGACUAAAACCAAGCAGAGGGACAAGCAGACCAGUGCGAUGCUGGAGAAGAAGACCAGAGUGGAAGCAGAGGCCAGAGUCUCUGCUGAGAAACAGUUGGCUGAGCUUCAGGCUCAGAAACUGGAGGAGGCGGCGAGCACAGCACGGAGUCUAUCGAACAGGCAGGAACACUGUGAAACCCAAAUGUUAAGGAAAAGGGUUAAAGAUCUAGAGACAGAGUACAAACAACUACAGCUGGAGUAUCAAGUGAAAGAGAGUCGUGUGGUAGAUCUAGAGAGUGAUGUUGAGGCUUUGGGAAAGUACCGCUGUGUGGAGAAAGAGACAGACAUGCUGCUGUCCACUCUGUCAGCCAUGCAGGAGAAAGCUCAACAUCUGGAGUACAACCUGAGCGCUGAGACUCGCAUCAAACUGGACCUUUUCUCUGCACUGGGAGACGCCCGCAGGCAGCUGGAAAUCGCUCAAGAUAAAGUGAUGAAGCAGGACAGGGAGAUCAGCGAGAUGAAGCAGAAGAUUGCGGAGGUGAUGGCGGUCAGCCCCGGCGUGUCCUACGUGGCUCCUCGGCCUCAGGUUCCUCAGUAUCUCACCAAGCUACUCAACUCUGAGCGCUACAUGCUGAAUCCACGAGCGCUGAUGUACCAGUGUCUGAAGAAAUAAGGGGGCGUCGCCGACUCCCGCCCGGACCUCCUCGUCAGACCCAGUGGAGUUUACCACAGAGCUAAAUGACACCGUGAAGUCGUCUAACUUCCAGCCACGAGCGGAAACCGGAACGAGCCUCCGCAAGUCGAAUGCCUUCUGCUGCACUGCUGGUGCUAAACUUGAUAUUAUUCUGUAUAUUUCCUCCCGCAUGGGUCGAAGAGUUUCACUCCAAAAUGAGGUAUCUUAAUAUGCAGAGCUGCUCGAGGCACAACUUUUAUGUAGAUGUGUACUUUAUCAUCAUCCGAUACAUAAUCAACAGAGAAAAGCACAACAUCACUGCUAAUUCAGACCCUUGUAGAUUCAUCUGAGCGGAGAUCUGAGGUUGAUAUGUGACAAUAAAGGAGUAAGAAGUAACAGUCCUGAGGAAACUGCUUCACUUUUAGCACCUGUAGGGGGAAAAAAAAACAUGUUGGAUCAGGAAAUACAUUCAAAAUUGUACUAAAAGACGCAUCUAGCUGUCAUUGGAGGCCAUAAACAAGUUCCCUGCUGCAGCUGUAACAUAUUUCAAACCACUCUGUGACAGUAAAACGAACCAUUCAAGAUUAUUUAAGACAGCAGAAGUAUUUUAAACUUAUAAAUAAUGAAUACAUAAAAUUGCAUUUCUUUUAAUAAUUUCAAGAAUUUUCUAGAUCUGCUGCAACAUUGACUAAAACCUUUGUUUAUCCCUUUUUGUCAAAUGAUUCUCAGUGUUUGUUAGAGCAAAACCAAGAACCAAAUAGACCAUUUUUUCACAGCAGACAUUGUAAUCUGGUGGUGGGAGAAGCACAGCUGUUACUGCGAACAUGAACAAUAGCUGUGCUCGGCUCAAGUGUCCCAGUUUGCAGCGACAUUAAGGCAUCAUAUCCAACACCAGGACGCUGAAACUGAAGCAGCUAAAUGGAAUUCAGCCACUUUUUUAAACACCUGAGCUCCUGUGAAAAAAAGAGGGCUUUUAAAAAUGACAUUCGCAAAUAUUUUAGCUUCCAAACCACAGUAGAUCCUGUUAAAAUAUGUUAAUUUACUUGAAAAAUUGUGAACUGUAUCUCAAUAUAAUUACAGAGAAAUUAAAAAAUGCUAAUAUUUAAAUUGUCUCCAAGUCCUAGUUAGUUGUGUUUAUGGACUUAGUGAAUUUUAAAUAUUAAAAUAUGUCUUUAUUGGAUAAAAUACAAAUAUUAGAUUCAAAACAAUAUUCUGUAGACGUUCCUCUCAAAGCAUAUUUAACUAAAUUUGUAAGGCAAGUAUGCAACAAGAUGUUCUUGUCUGUGCCUGUAAGUAGAGAAUUAAGACUAUUUGAAUUGUGCUGAAGUUGUCAGUGUUUUGGAAUGAGGCCCUUCAGAGUUGGAAUAUUUCUACUUAACAGGCGUCGUCUUUGUAUGAAGCCUCCCGGCUGCAGUCUGGGAGCACAAUUGUAAUGUUUUAUUGUCUAAAAGUUGAGGAGGUGCUCAGUUUGAGCUGCGACUCGACCGACAGCUAACAGCUACAUUUUGAUGUUUGGCAGCUCUUGGAACUUCUAGAAAACCGACUCGUUGUUUGAUGGGACAGAAUUCGACUGUCCGAGGGUUAAAGUGGAGUUGUGAAUAACAAGGAAUGACCAAACAUGGCUCAUGAAUUUAAUUACUGUGCCUAUAUACAUUACUUUCAAACUGGGAAGUAAAAACACAAAUUAAAUGUGAAAGAGUAAUGUGUUUGAAUUGAAGUGCUAUGUACUGUUUUUGUAGUUUUUGUUCCAUUUUUGUACUCACAGUGUACAGAAUUGAAAAUACCCAAACACUCAUGAACUGGAUGUCGCCAUUUUUUUGGUAGCUUUUUAUUUAGAGCGUGUUUCUAGGGUGUUUUAUAUCAAAAAAAAAAAUAUUUUUUAGUCUCGCUGUACUUCUAUUAUACUGCUGUAAUUUUGUACGGCAAUGUGUUUGUCAGCAUGAAAUGUGUUUUAUUCAACUGUUAUUUGAGCACACAUUGUGACUUUACGUACAUGAAUAUACUUGUACAAGGGCUACUGUUUCUUAACAUUUUGAACAAAUAAUUGUGAAUUCAAGCAGUGACGCUCUGAGGCCAGAGAUCACACUCCUGAUACACCAGGAAUGGGUUUUGUAUAAACAAUUGAAUUGAA